ACAUGGUUUCUUGUCCUUCCAGCGGAUGCUGUCUGAGCUGAGAGCACGGCAGGAGUGCUAUCAGACGCCGGACUGGGCACGGAAGAGCAUUGGUGGUACCAUCGACCUGCACAGAACUUCUCCUACCUACACAUUUAAGUGCUGGUUUUGCUGGCUCCACAGUUUCAUCGUCCCCAUGAAUCCUCCGGAUACCAUCCUGCAGCCGGGCGACUCACCAGGACAAUGCUGGCCCAUGGAGGGACAUCAGGGCCAGGUGGUCAUCGGGUUGCCAGCUGAAAUCCUGCCCUCUUGUGUCAUUCUGGAACACGUUGACCCAGGGCUGACUCCAGCUGCCUCCCCCAGCAGUGCCCCGAAAGAAUUUGCUGUUUUUGGGCUGGAUGUGGACAGCGAAGAGGAGGUUCCGCUCGGGUCGUUCACCUUCGAUGUGCAGAAGGCAUUCUUAGACAUCUUCCUGCUCCAGAAUCAUCCUGCCAGAGCCUUUCGCCACAUCAAGGUUCUGGUGCAGAGCAACUGGGGACAUCCAGAAUACACCUGCAUUUACCGAGUGCAGGUGCACGGGAAGAUGGUGAAAAAAUUGACCGUCUGAAAGUGGACUUGGAAGAUCCGAAAUUGAACGUGGAAGAUCUGGAAUUGGCAUUUGUCAGAUCUGGAAUUGGCAUUUGUCAGAUCUGGAAUUGGCAUUUGUCAGAUCUGAAAUUGGCAUUUGUAAGAUCUGAAAUUGGCAUUUGUCAGAUCUGAAAUUGGCAUUUGUCAGAUCUGAAAUUGGCAUUUGUCAGAUCUGGAAUUGGACUUACUGACCAAAAAAUAAAAACAUCAACAUCA